CAGCGCAGGCGGAGGAGGAAGGAUUGCGGCGAGCCCGUCCGUGCUCCCCUCCUGCCCGGCCCUGCCCAGCUGCGCCCUGCCCGUCGAGAUGCCGGCCUACCAUUCAACUCUAAUGGACUCUGAUACCAAGUUAAUUGGGAACAUGGCAUUGUUACCCAUCAGAAGCCAAUUCAAAGGCCCAGCACCUCGGGAAACUAAGGACACAGACAUUAUAGAUGAAGCCAUCUACUACUUCAAAGCUAAUGUUUUCUUCAAAAAUUAUGAAAUUAAGAAUGAGGCUGACAGGACAUUGAUCUACGUAACUCUCUACAUUUCUGAGUGCUUGAAAAAGCUGCAGAAGUGUAACUCCAAAGGCCAAGGAGAGAAAGAGAUGUACACACUAGGAAUCACUAACUUCCCGAUCCCUGGGGAACCUGGCUUUCCACUUAAUGCCAUCUAUGCUAAACCUGCCACCAAGCAGGAGGAAGAGGUGAUGAGGGCCUAUUUGCAGCAGCUGAGACAAGAAACAGGUCUUCGGCUUUGUGAAAAAGUAUUUGAUCCUCAAAGUGACAAACCUAGUAAGUGGUGGAUCUGUUUUGUGAAGAGACAGUUCAUGAACAAGAGCCUGUCGGGACCCGGGCAGUGAAGGAGCAAAGCAGCAACAAUGYUAUCUAUUUCCAUGGGGUGUACAAAGUAUUUUGCCUUUAUUUCAAAUACAUUUUGUACCAUACAAGAAUUAAGUGCUUAUAAAGAAAAAAUAAAUCAGUCAAUGAGGAAAAUAGAGAGAUGGAAGAAAAAGAUCACUUGAGUACUGUAAACAAGUAUUAUUAAGCUGGUGCUUAAUA